AUGGCACCAGUAUACGACACUACAGUCAUACCAGGUACACUCACCUUGGUGGAUGUAAACCAUGUCCUGGAAGCCAGACAUCUGGACCGCGGAGACAGAGACAUUGUACUAGUCCCGACACCUUCAAAUGACCCCGAUGAUCCUCUCAAUUGGAGUCCGAGGCGAAAAAUGCUAUCGACGGCUUGUGUGAGCAUUUAUACACUAUUCUCCGGUAUUGCUUGCUCGGUGGUGUACUCGGUCCUGACACCGCUCCAUGAAGCAACGGGGCUGCCUGUCAGCACCUUGAAUGAGGGAACGGGGUAUAUGUUCUUAUUGGCCGGAUGGGGACUGUUAUUCUGGCAACCAUUUGCGAUGCAGUAUGGCAAGCGACCAACGUAUAUCUUGUCCUUGAUUGGAAUUCUGGGAGUUACCAUGUGGGGUCCGUACGCAGGAACCAAUGGCCAAUGGAUCGCACGUAAUGUUGUUUCGGGGUUCUUCACAGCACCUGUUGAAGCGCUCCCGGAGAUCUCGGUGACAGAUGUGUACUUCACCCACGAACGUGGAAUGUAUAUGGGAUUGUACGCCUUCUUCCUGGCAGGAAGUAACUACUUCGCACCGGUAAUCUGCGGCUUCAUCGCCCAAUACCAAGGCUGGAGAUGGGUAUUCUACUGGCCAAGCAUCUUUGUUGGCUGCGCAAUCAUCUUCCUCUUUUUCUUCUGCGAAGAGACAAACUAUGUGCGCGAGCACGUUGAUGAACCUAGUUCCAUUGUGCGGACUGGAUCGUCGACCCAAAGUUCAAACAGCGUUGCAGACACCGAGAAUGAGAAACAUUCUCCUACUGUUGAUUUGACACCUGAAACCGAGGCUGGCGUGAUGCAUACUAAGAAGUCGUAUGUGAAGAAGCUGUCGCUUCUGGCUCCGCGCCAGAAACAAAACACUAUGUUCCGUCGGUUCUGGCAGAUUUUGUAUUACCUAUCUUGGCCUGUCAUUUUCUAUGCCGGAUUCUCGUAUGGUUCUUACCUGGUUCUGUUCAACAUCUUGAAUGGCACUGCUUCGAUCAUUCUGGGUGGUGCUCCAUACAAUUUCGGGCGAGCAUCGUCCAUGGUUGGUCUCAGUUAUCUAUCAUGCUGCCUUGGUGUGAUUCUUGGAUCCAUCUUCACGGGCCGUUUCAGUGACUGGCUCACUAUCAAACUCGCACGCCGCAACAAUGGAGUCAUGGAAGCAGAGCAUCGCUUGUGGCCAUUCCUCGCCUGUCUGGUGCUGGUGCCUGCAUCGCUCAUUCUCUGGGGCGUCGGUGCUGCAUAUGAGGUCCACUGGUUCGGAUUGAUUGUUGCCAUGUGCAUGCUUGCCUUUACCAACACUUGCGGCAUUACACUCAGUGUCAACUAUUUCAUUGACAGCUACCGAGAACUGAGUGGUGUUGCAAUGGCGAGUGUCAUCUUGGUUCGCAACACCAUGUCCUUUGCCAUUGGCUAUGGCAUUACACCCUGGAUCGACAAUAUGGGAUACCAGAACUGCUUCAUUUCUGCCGCUUUCAUCGGCAUGGCAUGUGCUGCAGUAUUCCUAUUCAUGAUCAAGUUUGGCAAGACAUUCCGCGAACGCACACGCGAGAAGUACUGGAAGCUGGUCACAGAGAACUGGGAGCAUGGAAUGGGCCAUUAA